AUGAAUAUAUAUCCACAAAGUAUUACUGAUAAAGAGUGUCAUCAUCGUGUAGUGCAUGCUUUUAAUAAAUUUUGUUUUAAUUUUUCUGAGAAUUCUUAUGCAACAAAAUAUGCUUAUGUUUUGGCAAAUUUGUGUGAAAUGGGAAUUAAGGCAUGUCACAUUGAAGCCGUUAUGAAAGAACACUGUGCUGAGGCUGGGACUAAAACUAUUAGAGGAAUUGUUUAA